AUGGAUCCUACCCAGUGGAUCGAGAUUCAAUCCUCUAUGUCCAAUUCCUAUUGCAAUGUCUGGUUAAUGCAGGCAGGCAGCAUACUUAUUCCCGAAGACUUCGUUCUCUUACCAGACCCAAAGUCGAAGAAUGGGUCAGCGUCUGAGCCGCCGGGACAGAGGAAAUACGUUGCACCCGACUUUGUGUUCCUGAUUGAACACAUUCAAACUGGAAAUUUCUACCUUUAUGACCUAGGUAUGCGCAAAGAUUUACACAAUCUCUCUCCUUUCACGCGCAAGUUCGAUCUUCCUUUCUAUGAUUGCAUUCCCGUUCUCCCAUCAGAGAUACUAUCCAAACAUGGUCCGUCCGCGUUUCAUCCUUUUAAGUUGCACGCUAUCAUACUCUCGCACCUGGAUUUUGAUCACAUUGGUGACUGUGGGAAGGAGGCAUUUCCACACGCUGAGAUUUGGAUGGGUCCUUCAGCUUGUUUGAAGGCUAGGCCUGGGUACCCGGAAGACCCUGAUUCGACGGGACUAUCAAGUGACUUUCCUUGGGAUGGUACUCGGAAGAUUGUCGAGUUUACUAUCCCCGAUGAUGUGCUUGAGAGCAAGGGAGAUGCCAGGGUUGACCUUAUGAAAGAGUGGAAGACCAGAGGAUAUUAUACUGCAAUCGAGCAGCGGAUACCAAUUAAUGGUUGGCACCCGUUGGGAAGCUUUCCGUUGGCUUGCGACUUGUUCGGCGAUCGAUCUGUCUAUCUAAUAGACAGUCCUGGGCAUGGAGCCGGGCAUCAGUCGCUCCUGAUUCGAGUGCAGGCAGAACCGAGGGAGAAACCGUCAACUACACCAGAUUCCGCAGGAUUAGACCUGCCGCUCGAUGAUUUCGUUCUAUUGGCCGGUGAUACGUUCCAUCACCCGGAGUUGUUACGAAAUCCUCUUAGGAUGUCUCGUGUCCCAUACAGCCCGAGCAGCGUGCACGCUAAUGACGACUUGGCAAUUGAUUCAAUAUAUCGUACACGAGAGUUUGCAAAACGCGAAAACUGCUGGGUCAUAGCUGCCCAUGACUCUGAUAUACAGGCUUCCCUUGCUCCCGGGCAGAAUAGUGUUGAGGGAUUGGUUCUUCUGAAUAACUGGAAGCAUAAAGGGUGGAAGGGCGAGCAAGGUAAAGCAUAG